UAUGUAAGGAAGCUUUUACGGAGGAUGAAAAAAGAUAUAUUAUUGAAAAGACUCCAAAUUACCGAAAAUCGAAUAAAAUUUCUUGGAAAGGUUUAAGUUCAGACAUGAAAAAAAUUUUUAAUAGACGUCAUUCCAACAAUAAGAUCAAAAAUUAUUGGAAUGCAAAUCAAAGACGUCAGAAAAAGAAGAAUUCUAAGCUAACUGUUCCCUUUCUUUUAAAUGAUGAAAAUGAAGCAAAUGGAGAAAAGAAAUCUAGUGCUUCGAUCAAAAAUGAUGGUCGAAUCCCU